UAUAUGGCGAGGGAAGUUGGCCAAUUAGAGCGUAAGUAUUUUAAAGUCACAAAAGGAAGAUAUAGUUUUUCCGAUGUUUUAAACUUGUUAAAUGAAAAUUUUUACUAUAUAUGACGUAAAUUUUUGUGUCAUGAGGAAAUAACACGAUGUUUCACGUGCAGUAAAGGAUACCGGGCAAAUGAAAAAUAACCUAUAUGUAUAUUUAGUAUUAGAUGACAGUAUCAUAAUGAGUUGAAAUACGUUUUGAAAUAUAUGUAUUGUUUGGGAAAACAUGUCGAAGCCAAAUAUCGAUACAGAGACGGGGAUGCAUGGAUGCACAUCAUCAUCAAGAUUAUUAACAGCUCGUAUACAUCGCAAUUCUAGUUGUUUAACCGAGGUGUCCAUUCUACAGAACGAAAUCCUAGCUAAGGAUUUAUACAAAUCCAAUAUCAAAUUAAGAAUUUAUUUUUCUGUCCUGUUGGUUUUGAAUAUUAUCUUGAUCGUCACUGUCGGUGUGUUAUACGUUACUUCCACGAGCAAUUUGGACCAAAAAGAUGCACCAACGAGCGAGUCGCCUCCCCUCGAAGAUAUGCAAAGCUUGGCGACUGGUAGUAAGACAGAAAGAUUGUUGGAGACGAAAAUGUCCAAGGAAUUUGUGAAAGACAUCAAUUGUGCCACUCUGAAAUAUAAACUUAAUGCUACAGACCUGGACUCUCGGGACGGUAAAUGUUCAUUUGAGGACUUCAUUGACGCACUGGUCAAGUUUCUGAAACCAACAGACUAUAGAGAUGUAAUGCAUUUAACUGGUGGUAUACCUGCAGAUAAAAGAAAUGAGCAUUUAGAAUAUACGAUCUCAAAUUGGAUCCCCGACAAGAACCUUCAAUCCUCAGUAGAUUACCACGUGACCAAUUCGUCCAUCAUAAUCUCGUCCGAUGGGUACUAUUUCUUAUACUGCCGAUUGACUUUUUCAAAUGACGUCACAAGAAAGGGAUCACGUCGGACAGCCAUAAAGCAUUCAAUCAGAAUCAAACCUGUCAAUCAAAGUUUCCAGAAAUUCGUGACAGUGACUACCACGCCCACUUUUACUGACACGAAUAGCCACAGCUAUAUACAGAGGGUGGCUAAACUCCGAAAAGGCGAGGAAUUAAAGAUUACUGUAUCUAGAGCUGGAAAAGUGCAAUAUGACACGAGCGAUGGCAGCGGGAACUAUUUCGGCAUGUUUAAAUUAUAAUUAUCAGUCUGUAACACCAAGAUAAUUAAAAUUGUCUACAAUAUCA